GUGCCAGCGCCCGCGAGGUGCGCCGUGCCGUGCCGCAGUCCUAAGGCAACCGUGUCAACAUUGUCGUUCGCCACGGUGAAGCCAUUGGACACGCAACUGAUCAGAUUUGCCCUCACAGUGCAAGGUGGUGCCAUGGCCGACUUGCGACGAGAGAUGCGCAGAAUACUCAAGGAGCAGCUCGUAGUCAUCAGGUCUGGCGCCUGCAGUGCUGAAGCAUCAUCUCACAGGGAGGCCGUGUACGACUUGUUCGUGCCAGGCUAUUCAAUGGUGAUAUCCGACGCCGUGGUCGAGUUUGAGCAUUACUGCAAUGGGUGUUGUUCAUCGUUCAGAGAGACGCUGAGACUGACGUGCGACGAGGGCAUGCAAUGCUUGUGCGGGUCAGGCGUCACCGCGCUGAACCGUUCGAACUGGACGGGGACCAGCGAGUGCAUCAACAGCAUCGGCCUGAUCUCGCACGUCCAUGGGCUCGCGCAGCAGGCGUGGAUGCGAGCAGUGCCUGGGAGGGAUCACAAGCUUCGAGGGGGCUGCCAGGCCCAUGCGGCGAAGGCGACUGGCGACGCCGAAGGCGGGCCAGGGCAGCCAAGCAUCUCUCGAGCUGACGACGCGCACGACGGCGGCGACGAGGACGUAGAGGGCGGCGACAUCUCUGUCUGGCGCCAAGAUGCCGAGACCAGGGUCAAGGACACCCAGAGUUGGAUUCUCGGUGGCACGUUCGAGGACGACUUGCUGAUUGCUCGAAUCCAGUACGGCCCGACGGAGACAUUGAUUCUCAACCAAUUAGCGUUGUCUGGCGUGGGAUGGGAACGGGAGCAGCAGGUUAAGUUUCUCCGUGACGGCUCCCGCACGUACCAGCUGUGGGAGGCCUACCGUGGCGAUCCAGAGAAACGGCUCAGAGACGAAGUCGCGGACUUGAUGUGCACUCCAGCUCUCUGGCGCACCCUUUCGAACCGGACGGAGGCCCAGGGCAUGAAGCUGUACGUGCUCUUGGCCAGGAUGGCCACUGCGACGUAUGAGCUGGUCGAGGCCCCCCAUCGUUGGUGGCCCUACAAGACUUUCGCAUCCUUGCAUGAUGGUUCUGUUCUUCAAGAGCUGAAGGAGUCACGUGGGUGCACUUGUUGUUUGGACGAGUUCACUGCUGGCUUUGUCGAGUACUACGGCGAGGCUGUUGGAGGGUCUUGCGCGCGGGCCGAGCUCAUGGCGUUGCUGAGCGCGAUGGAAUCAGACACGGGGUCGACCGAGAGGAGAUACUCUUGGACGUGGAGGGCGUUCCUUCACGUGCAGGCGAAGGGUCGGUACAUUACGGCGGAGACUGCAGCUGAGAUGAGCCAAGCAUAUCGCAAUCUGUCAGCGGAUGGGAAAUCUGUUUAUGAGGAGUUGGGCGAGCUCGCCGCGAAGCAGAGGGCUGAGGGCCAUGAGAGUUUUCCUACGUACAGGCCGCCGCAGUCGUCCAGGGCAGGCGCGGCUGGUCGGCGCGCGCGCCAGUCGCGCGCGCUCCACGGCGGCGCUGGGCGACCUGGAGGCGUCGGCCCUGAACAUGAUGGCGCACCUGCAGUCGAGCUUGUACCCGCGGGCGGGGGCGCCGAGGAGGAGACGCCGCCGCCGUACGGCCGCGUCCUGACGGAGUCGCGGUUGGUCCUCUGCCGCGAGCGUGCUCUGGCUGCCGCCCAGGAGAAGGAGGAGCGAGCCAGGGUGACUGAGCUGCGGGAUAACUCGCGCCGAGUUGUCGAUGGAGAGGCGCAGUCCUGGUCGUUCGUUGGCGGGUCAGCUGCGUGCUCGGAUGUGGCUUUGCCUCGUGGCGGUCUUACCGCUGAGCCGUCCCCUAUGCUCGUGAUGACUUGGAACCGUUCUGCGGAGACGGUUCGAACGGCUGCCCUGGAGCAUUUGGCCAAGACCACCCUGAAGGCGAACGGAGAGAGAUGGCAAGAUUUGCAUCGCUACAUCCGUGUCCAGGACGCCCCUCAGCUUGGAAGAGUUCCAACGAAUCGUCGGCGCUGCUGGGAAGCCCAGGAGUGCAUCUGCAAUGGAAGCGGGCGGUUCAAGGACCAGUGGAUGGACAAGUUCUUGGCAUCUCUUCGCAUCUGUUCUCGAAUGAAUGGCAACGUUCGGCCCUUGCCGAAGCGCGGCCAUUUGGUUGCACGGUUCGGGUGUGUCAAUCCUGGACGAGCUGGCCCUGAUCAUCCUGUUGGAGAUCCCGUGCCCGAUGAUGUCUCAGAUGUUUGGUUGCACGUGGCAUUGUUCUACGAGAAGCCGAUCAGGCCGACGUACAUCUACAUGGAAAGGGAUCCCGACCGAGAUGAAGCUGGCACUUUGGGCGUGGCUCCGUGGUGCGGCCCGAACUCUGAGGAUCUCUACCUGGUUACGCAGUGGGAGGCCUUCGGGUACAUGGAGCUUCGCCCGAAUACCAAGUCCUGGACGCUGACGUGGUAUGAGCUGGUCUGCUCCCCCAAGCGCCUGCUGCGACCAUUCGAGCCCCGCCGCCAACGAGUCAGGCACAUGGGCUUCGAGCCGAUCGACCUGCUGAGGCGCGGCCGAGCGGCGCGCGGGCGCAGCGCCGCUGGCGCCGAGGAGCCGCAGCCAGAGGCGGGUGUCUCGUCGGACUCAGGCUUGAGCUUGCGGCGCGGGUUCAGCGACGCCGAGGUGGAGCCUGAGGAGGUGUCCGAUGGAGGUUCCGAGGGCCAAGAUGUCGUAGGUUCUGCCGAGCUGGACUUUGCCGAGGAGCACGGCCUUUUCGAGCCCGUCGGCGGCGCCACGUCGGAGGAGUCGGGCGGCGCCGAGUCGGAGGACUCCGACCAUGGGUCCAUCCGCGACGUUGACGUCGAGAAGGCGUUGCAGGAGAUGGAGGGCGAGGCACCUUCUGGCGCGCCUGCUGCUGAUCCCGUUCCUGUCGAGCCUGCUGCAGUCGAUCCCGCGCCUCUUCCAGCUGCGUCGGGCGAGGACGAGAUGCCCAGUUUCGAGCUCGCGGCGGAACUGCCGAAGGCUGGCGCCAAAAAUCCACCGCAUAUCGUUAUCAGAGUUUUCGGGUAUGGUUAUGAGGCUUACUUGUGUCGCAGGCGCGCUGUGCACUUCCUGCAUAUCCCGGGCGGCGGGGUCAUGCAGUAUUGGUUCAAGGAGCUUGCGUUCGGAGGUGCCGCGCUGCUGGAGCGACGCAGCGACGACGGCUUCGUCGCCGACGCCAACUGGUUGACGGAGUUCUUGAUGCAGCGCGCAGCCGCCGACGCAAACGACCCAGUCCUCAGGGUCGGCAUUGCCGCCAUCGGCGUGCGCGAUCAGGCCGUGGCCAUGGCCACCGCUGGUUCUGCGCGCGCGCGCAAGCGCGCCGUGUCCCGUGUCGCUGAGGCUCUCGCUGCCGAUUCCGACGAGGCCGAUGGCUCGGAGCGCUCCAACCCUGAGGAGAACGACGACGAGCUUUUCCCGGAUGCUCGGCAGCGCGGGCGUGCAGCCGUCAAGGUCCUGAAGGUCGAUGCGAAGCCGAAGGCGAAGCCGUCGGGCAAGUUUCGCGUCUGCGGCCGAUCAGGCUGCUCCAAGAAGGAGACGGCCGACAUGCGGUUCCCAGAUGCGUCGAUCGCUGCGUGCGAGAGGUGCUACUACCCGUGGGAGUGGGCCUGGAAGGAGAAGCAUCCCAGCUGGCCGAAGUUUUGCCAGCAGCCCAACCAGGAGAAGACCUUGAACGACCAGUUCGAGGUGUCCGCGGAGUGCGCGGAGGACGCGCGCAACAAGGCUUUCGACGAGGAGAGCGUCGACAUCGUCUCGCGAUGCGGCUUCAGGAUGGCGCACCACUUCAGGGUUUGGAAGGAGCAGCCCUUUCGCGAGGCCACCUCCAUGCCCGCUGACGUCGAGCCCAAAGAUCUGGAUCUCAAAGCUUCAUCGAUCAAGUUCCCUUCGGGCGCUAGCGUGGAUGGAUAUGUGACGGUGAACCCUGACAAGCCCUUCGUCGACGUGGACAGGAUUGAGGAGUACUUCGUCGAGAGGCGUUCCCAGUCGCUCACCGAGGCGCGCCAUGUCCUCAGGGAUCAGGGGAAAAAGAUGUUCAAAGCCGAGAUCUCGACGCUCAAGGCCAAGAUGCCCACCGCCAUUCGCGGCAGGACCGCCCCUCCGACGCUGGGGUCCAUCGCGUUUGAGGCCAAGGUGAAGAGCGACGGCAAGGGGGGCAUCCAGCCUCAGCAGCAUCCAGGCGGCGGCCCUUUCGUUAACCAGGGCAGCCGCGGGCAUGCUGCAGACAGUGCAGCGGACAGUCUCCCAGCAUCCGUGCCCGAGGACUCUGGCAGCGGCGUCGCGGCCGCGGGUCUGCAUGAUCUUACCAGAGACGCCGCGGGCCGCGGCGAGGGCGCUGGCGACAGCAAGAGCCAGACCCAGGGCGAGAAGGACCUCCAGGGGCUGCAGGUGGAUUCAUCGAAGCCUCCGAGUGGCAAGGCCGCCAGCUCCGCUGGUGGCAUGGAGGCCUUAUCGAAGCCCAGAUCGCCAGCGGCUGUCGACGAGAUGGAGAGGAUCAGGCAGCUCGAGACCGAUUGCGACAUCGCGAAGAUCUUGGAGGGCUACAAGCUCGGCGAUAGGGAGUACGCCGUCACACGCUUCAGCCCGAAGCAACCCAAUGCCAAGGAUAGGAGGGACGCGCUGAUCGAAGUCAUCGAGACGGCGAAGCAGAUUUCCACGCACAACAUGCACAACCUCAGGGGCAAGAACGAUUUGAAGACGAAGUACACCAACGAGCUGAAGAAAAACAGCGUGAAUUUCCAGAGCUGCCCGAAGUGGUGCCGCACUCUGGUUUCAGAGACCCUCCAUGCCAACUUAGACUUGGAUGCAGUGUGGGACAUCAUCAACCCGUUCGCUGAGGCGGAAGAUGGCCCUGUUAAGUUCGACCUUGCUUGCCCGAAGCUCUCGGGAGUUGCCGAUGAACUGGAUGUGACCAUCAAUAUCGCAAGGGACCACGCCUUGAACUACCUGCUCAUCCCGAUCAUCCAGAAUAAGACCAAUCAGCUGGAUACUGCCAAGGGGCCCCGAAGCACCUUGAGGGAGUGUGUUCGUGCUUCACUUGGGCUGCCACAGGAGAUCAAGAAGUUCUACAAGGACAUGCAGGUCUGCGCUGCCAUCCUGGACACGAUCUCCGACCACUCUGCGGAGGCCGUGGCCUCCAUCGAGGUCGACUUGGCUGACUUUCGGAAGAUGCUCCACGGCGACUAUGACAAGGAGUGGUCGUCGUUCGCUUGCGCUUUGGACUCGGACGAUUACUGGAGGCAGGAGAAGAUAGAGUGGCGACGCGCUUCUCAAGGUGACCUGCAGGAGAUGGAGAAUAUAACGGUGACCAGGCAGUCGCUCGAGGGCGAGGUCUCCGACGUCACGGUGUUCACCAAGACCGUAGCGUCCCUGAUGAAGUGGUUCACAAUAUGCAGGUCUUCUACUCCGACCCCCGCCAUGCAUGAUUUUUUCUCUGCGGCCGAGCAGUUCAUGGACCGUCACGCCUUGCUAACGGACGAGGAGAACGCGCCGAAGAUGGACCAGUUCAAUUCCUUGCUCACAGGCCUUCUCGAGCUCGACAACUGCUCCUCGAAGGGCGAGGCCCGUGAAGGGGUCACCAGGACUUUCGGGCCUCGGCUGCACCGCUUAGUGGAGAGGGUUCGGGAGCUGCAGUCUCAGGUGUCCAAGUCUGUCUCGUCGAGCGCGAAUUUGCAAGCCUUGCAGAAAGCGGCGGUCGUCGAGACCAUGAGCGCUCAGGCGAAGAUCGUCAAGACCGAGCUCGGGCAGUUGGGAAGCGUCAGGUUCUCCGACCCACCACGCCUGAGCAUCAUAUUCAAUGUUGUGGACGCCAUGGCCGCUACCGCAUGCAAUAACAUCAAGAUGGAUACGGCGACAGAUAUCGACGACUUUCUCGUUGACGAGGUGGCCGACAUGUUGGAGCUAACCACGAAGGUGUGCGACCUAGCGGGGUGCGACGACGAGGAGCAGCGCAUCAACGGCGCUGCUCGCCGCGUGAAGCUCAUGACGAUUGUCUUGAACACGACUCGCGCCCUCAAGGAGCUGGUGCAAUUCGGAAAUGCAGCUGAGCAGGUUUCAAACACGGAGGGCACCAAAGCAUACCAGUGCCUGAAGGGCACCGUCGGGGAGCUCAAAAAGAUGCGCAGCCUGAUGGAUGACCAGCCUGGAGGGACCCACGGCAACUUCAUCAGCAUCGCUCAGAUCAAAAACAAGUUCGGGUACCUCUUGGCCACGGCGGCGGGCACGACACUGUCCUUCGAGAAUGCCGACAUCGACUCUACCCUCGCCGACGCCACCGAGUAUCAGAACAGGUUGAAAUCCAUCGUCAGUUUUGGCAACGUUGAUCGUGGCUGGAGGGCAGGCCUCGACGACUGUGCAGAGUGGACGGCGGUGGUCAAGCAUGCUCGCUCGGUGGUCUUCGCAACGAAAGGCUUGGCGGCCAAGGUGGGCUCCGCCAUCACGGCCCUGGAGAAAGCCAUCACCAACGUCCGCGACACCUGCAAAUCCUACGAGCAGGACGGCAAGUGCGACGAGAUCGCGAGGGCAAUGGAGAAGACGAUCCACCUGGCAAGGCUCACGCAGAUGGAGGCCGCCGCCAUCCAGAAGAUUCGCGAUAACGAGAGCUCCAGUACUGAGGUGAGGGCCACGGCCAUCCAGAACGUGCUGGACGUCCUCCCAGAGAACGGCAUCGCCCAGAACGAGUUCCACCUGGCGGUGCAGAAGAAGCUGAACGAGGCCAUGCGGGCCUGA